AUGAGACUUUGUCUAAAAUUCUAUCCUGCCAAAAGUAAAGCUACUAGAGAUCCACUAUUAGGAGUACGCAUAAGUGAAUGUCCAAUGUCUAACUUGAGAGUUCAUCUUCACUAUGCAUUCGCUAGCGGAUCUGAAAUUGGACCAAGUGAAUCCGAAUGUCGCCCUUACAUUGAAAAGGCUAUAAACGAGCUCAAAACAGGCACAACGAAUGAUGACGAUGAUGGCAUGCAAUCUGAUCAGCCGGCUGAUGAUCAACUGGAAACUGUGGAAAUAGAGGAUGUGGAUUCGACUGAAGAUAGAAAGAAAUUACCUAAAGAACGUGAUAUCGACGAAGAUGGCAUACCAAAUGAAGAAGAUAGCGACAUAGAUGGCGAUGUUAUACCAAAUGAACAAGACGAAGAUAUGGAUGGAGAUGGUAUAUUGAAUAUACACGAUGAAGAUAUGGAUGGCGAUAUAAUACCGAAUACAGAAGACUCUGAUAUGGAUGGUGAUGGUGUACCUAAUGUCGAAGAUCAUGAUCUUGAUGGUGAUGGUGUACCAAAUACUGAGGAUCAUGAUCUCGAUGGUGAUGGUGUACCAAAUGUUGAAGAUCACGAUCUUGAUGGUGAUGGCGUACCAAAUGUGCAGGAUCAUGACAUAGAUGGUGAUGGUGUAUCAAAUGUCGAUGAUCAUGAUAUCGAUGGUGAUGGUGUUUCAAAUGUUGACGAUCAUGAUAUCGAUGGUGAUGGUGAAGCAAAUGAAGAAGACACUGAUAUUGAUGGAGAUGGUGUACCAAAUGUAGAAGAUACUGAUAUUGAUGGUGAUGGUAAACGUAAUGAAGAUGAUAAAGAUAUUGAUGGUGACGGUUUGUUAAAUGAAGAAGAUAAGGAUAUCGAUGGAGAUGGUGUUUUAAAUAUUGAUGAUCAUGAUAUUGAUGGUGAUGGUCAGCGCAAUGAAGAAGAUAAAGAUAUUGAUGGUGACGGUCUUUUGAAUGUUGAGGAUCAUGAUAUUGAUGGUGAUGGUGUACCUAAUGUUGAUGAUCAAGAUAUCGAUGGUGAUGGUGACCCAAAUGAGAAGGAUACUGAUUUAGAUGGUGAUGGUGUACCAAAUCUUGAAGAUAAGGAUAUUGAUGGUGAUGGUGUGCCAAAUUUAAAUGAUAAUGAUUUGGAUGGUGAUGGCAUACCAAAUGAUGAAGAUGAUGAUAUGGAUGGUGAUGGAAUACCGAAUGAUCAAGAUGAUGAUAUGGAUGGUGAUGGCAUACCAAAUGACCAAGAUGAUGAUAUGGAUGGAGAUGGUAUACCAAACGUUGAUGACGAUGAUAUAGAUGGUGAUGGUAUACCAAAUGAUCAAGAUAAUGAUAUUGAUGGAGAUGGUAUACCUAAUGAUGAAGAUGAUGAUAUUGAUGGCGAUGGUAUACCAAACGUUGAUGACGAUGAUAUAGAUGGUGAUGGUAUACCAAAUGAUCAGGAUGAUGACAUUGAUGGUGAUGGUUUUCAAGAUCUAAUGGAGCUUUGA